CCCUUCAACCCCCGGCACGACUCAUGGCUACUCUCCUGCGGAAGAUCGGCCUGAUCCGGCUGCACGACCGAGACACGGAGGACCCCAAGCACCAACAGGGCUCGCGCAAGGUGGCCAAGCAGGCCGGCCAGAGCCAGAAAGGGGGCACCAAGCACUGCGGCGCGGGAGGAGACACCAGCAUCCUGGGCACGCCGGAGAUUAAGGCCAAGAGGGCCUCGGACGUCCGGGAGAAGAAGGCGCCGAGCAAGGAGGGCAAGGAGAAGCAGCAGCUGCAGCAGCAGCAACAGCAACAGCAGCAACAGCAACAGCAACAGCAGCAGGAGAAGCAGCCAAAGCAGCAUCCUCAGCAGCCUCCUGCGCCCAACCGGCAGCACUGCACGCAGGUGCGCACGCGCAGGCUCAUGAAGGAGCUGCAGGAGAUCCGGCGCCUGGGCGAUAACUUUAUCACGGUGGAGCUGGCCGACGACAACCUGUACGACUGGAACGUGAAGCUGCACCAGGUGGACAAGGACUCGGCGCUGUGGCAGGACAUGAAGGAGACCAACACAGAGUACAUCCUGCUCAACGUCACCUUCCCGGACAAUUUCCCCUUCGCGCCGCCCUUCAUGCGCGUGCUGGCGCCGCGCCUGGAGAACGGCUACGUGCUGGACGGCGGUGCCAUCUGCAUGGAGCUGCUCACGCCCAGGGGAUGGAGCAGCGCCUACACCGUGGAGGCCGUGAUGAGGCAGUUCGCCGCCAGCCUCGUCAAAGGGCAGGGCCGGAUCUGCAGGAAAGCAGGGAAGUCUAAGAAAGCCUUCAGUCGUAAGGAAGCUGAAGCCACCUUCAAGAGCCUUGUGAAGACCCACGAGAAGUACGGCUGGGUUUCUCCUCCAGUGUCUGACGGUUGACGAAUUCAACCAGCGGUGCAGCAGCUUCUCUCCCUCCCUCCUCCACGUGGCUUUCUUGAGUUGGGUUUUUCAUUGUUUUUUUUUUCACACCACCAAACUUGAAAUGGAAAAAAAAAAAAAGAAAUAAAAUAAAACGCAACAAAAAAGCUAUCGUGUCGCACCCUCCAAAUGUUGCUGACUCUUCACAACCACGUCCACCACGCCUGCCCCGCUCAUCUCUCAUUCCUCACCCAGGUGCCAUGGACCAGUCGCUGGCUGUGACGUGUUGCGUUUAUUAAUGCUGUGGAUUGGACUACGCUAAAAGACAGUCUGUUGCUGAAGGACUGUGGAAAUGAAUGAGGCCCUGAGGAAUGUAAUGCCCCUGUAUUGGGACAGGACAUGCCCCAACCCUCACCUCCUACUUCUAUACUAUACCUCUCUAUCACUCUAUACCUCUCUGUGUUCAUCAGUGUGCUCUGUGUUUUCACUCCUCCUGCUACUUCUCCUCCUCCUCUUCUUUUUCUCUGUUUUUCCUCUUUUUUCUUUCUUUUUAGAGCUGACGACGCAUUGCACUGAACAGCAUCAGCCUUUCCUUCAUUUACAUGCAAAUGACUCUGUUAAUAUUUAAUAGAUAGGCAGAUUAGUACAGUACAUUUGAGGUUCAGUUUUUUUUUCCUUUUCUUCUUCGGCUGUGCUAUUUUUCACAGUUCAAUGCAACAUGAAGAUUGUAAUUUAUGUGGAGCUGUGCUCUUCUUUCUCUUUCUCUCUCUCUCUCCCUCUCUAUAUAUAUCUCUCUCUAUCUCUCUCCAUGCGCGUGGCUAAAUUUAGACAUCACUGUGUUGCGUAGAUGGUGAUUGAUUUCUAAUGGAGAAAAAAAAAAACACUCGUUGCUUAUGCAGAGGUACAGUAAAGAUUAAAAAAAGAGUGGUAGUGAGCCAUUCUUGAUAGUCAUUUAACAUAUUAUUUCUUUUUCUUUUUUUUGGAGAAGACCAAAAGCCUAUAAUUCUGAUGAUCUUGAUACCAGAUGGCAGCACCGAAUGUCAAAGUCCCAGCGUGUAGGUGGGCGUAAUGCACACUGAGUGCAGGGCAGGGGUAGCGUGCGCUAAGCACUGUGGUGACGUGGUUUUUAGCAGCGUGCAUGAACGCUGCUUAUGAAGUCAGUCUCUUCAGAGCAGCGAGCAUCAGUUAUGUGACGUAAUGGCUACAGCGGGGACUGGCGGCCCACGUUGGCACAGCCGUAAAGACAACACUGUGUUUUGGCACUGCUGCAGCUUAUUUCCCCGCAAGCCAAACACUGCAGUCGCACACAAAAGAUGUUUUUCUGAUACGGGAGAUUGAACACACUGACCUGCUCGGGUUGUUUAUCCUUGCGGUGUGGCCAUGCUUUGAUUUGCUGCCCAAUUCUUCUUGCACUGACUUUGCAUCACUGUUCCGGUUCCUCAUCAUGCUCAGCGCAGAGGCAGCAAAAUGGCUCAGGCAGAGAGGGCUUGCAAGGGGUCAAGGAGAAUGGUCCGAGCCUCAGAGCCUGUAUCAGCACCUUAAACUGCAGGCGUAUUAUUCAGUUGUUAAUCUUAAAGGGACUCUCUGACCAAAACGAAAGACUCUGCCAUUGAUACGUCUGUUGUAAACCUGUUUACUCGCAUCUUGCAACACCUCUAUAGUGAGAUUUUCUGGUUUAAAGACUAAGAAACUCUCUUCUGAUGAUGUAUCUUGAAGGUGAGAGGAACUUUAAAAACUAAAACUACUCUGGGUGGAUUUUUGCAGGCUGGCUGAAGUUUUUUAUGUUAGCUGGUGGAUGCAGAAGGAAUCCAGAUAGCGAAUGUUACUGUAGUCAUAUAUCUCACUCCAGCUGUGUAACUGUAGUAGCUAUCUUCAAAUCAUUGUUUCAGUGGAGAGGAUGGAUUACAGAAAUGACAGAAAUAAGGAGGAUGGCAAGCUAAAAGCUGAAGUUAGAAACGUAGCUAGCUAUCUAGCUACCUUUGUACCAAAGUUUGCCUUUGUUACUCUGGCUGAAAGGAUAUAAAAACCUGCCCCGUGUGUCCAUUUUGUGCUGAAUAGAAACAGAAUCAGUGUUUUCUUUGCAUUUUUUUGUUUGACGACUGAGGUAAAAGCUACACUAAUGCCUAUAGAUCAGUGGCUAGGCUAGCAAUCAGGAUUGGGUGACACCACAGGGAUUCCCAAUGUCCCAACGUAUUUGCAUAAUGCAUGCUGGGAAUCGUAGUGAGAGAACAUUGAUGAAUGAAAACGAUACAAUGCAGAAGGAGGCCAGAUAGCGAAUGUUACUGUAGUCACAUAUUCCAGCUGUGUAACUGUAGUAGCUAUCUUCAAAUCAUUGUUUCAAUGGGGAGAAUGGAUUACAGAAAUGACAGAAAUGAGGAGGAUGACAAGCUGAAAGCUGAACUUAGAAAGGUAGCUAGCUAUCUAGAUACUGUGCCAAAGUUUGGCUUUGUUACUCUGGCUGAAAGGGUAAAAAACUUGCCCCUGGUGUCCAUUUUGUCCUGAAUAGAAACAGAAUCAGUGUUUUCUUUGUGUUUUUGUUUGACGACUGAUGUAAGAGCUACACUGAUGCUGGCUUGGUUAUAUUUUUUAGCCUAUGGAUCAGUCGCUGGGCUUGCAGUCAGGAUUGGAUGACACCACAGGGAUUCCGAAUGUCCCAAAGUAUUUGCAUAAUGCAUGCUGGGAAUUGUAGUGAGAGAACAUUGAUGAACGAAAAUGAUGCAAAAUUGCGAAGGAGCAUAGCACUGCAUAUUAAACAACCUAUAACAUAUUAAACUCUAGUUGUAGACAAGCCUUAAAGUUAAAAUGCUAGAUCCUCUUUUAUGACUCCAGACUGGGCCUAAGUACAACCCUUAGCCAGUACACUAUGCGCCUGCUGAUGCCACUGUUGAUAAGAGGUAAAUUAAGAUGGACCUAAAAGGAGCAGUUUAGGGUGUUUUUUAUUGUCCAGCAGUGGUGUGGAAUGCUAGCAGCUCAUUCAGUGACCCGACUGAUGCUGGGAGGCACACCUUGGUGUUAUCGACCGCCUCUCCAAAUGUCAGCAUGAAUCCAAAAUGGCACGAGCCUCAGUGUGUCUGCAGAAAGCAAACAAGCCUGAACUAAUGCUACUCCAGUAUAUGCUAUUAGACUAUCACCUUGAGAAGAUCUGAAAUUGCUUCAUAUCUUAUGAUCUGGCAAAUUCAGCUAAACUGCAUAUAGCUUGAACUUUUCACCUCUCGUUGCUCCUUCAUGCAGUCCCUGGUGCGUCGUUCGCUUCACGUUACAUGACUGCGCAGUUGGUAGCAGAAAGCCUGAUUAUAUCCUCUGGUGCUUCAGGGGAACUUUAAAUGUCAUAAGGGAUGCUGCUAAUUAACAUGGCAUUUCAAAAAAGGGAGAAGGAGAAAACAAACGAAUAAGCAUUCUGUUUUUUUGAUGCUGUUUCGGUCAAGAAGAUACAUGGACUUUAGAAAAUCUGUAUGUCAGGGAAGCGUUCACGGUACAGCAUUUCACUGCUGAGCCCAUGCUGGUGCUUGAACUGUACAGUUUAAUUCCAGACAUCCUUCUCUUUCAUGUCAUUGAAGAAGAUCCCGCAUUAUUAGCAAGGCAUGUCAUAACAGCCUUUACUCUGGAAGAGUCCAGACACGAUUUUCUUUCCCAAAAUAAAUUGGUGCAACAUCAUGAUUCCAGAUAGAUAAAUAAAAACAUGUUCAAGAACAGAACACUCAGCAUCUGCCCAUAGACGUCUAUUGGACGAGUAUUUCCUGUUAAUGAGUUUUGUGUUCUUUCGUAAGUUCAGGAAGACGUGUUGAAUUUUUUGUCCGUGGUAAUUGACCGUAUGCUAAAUAUGUGGCAGAUAGAGAUCAGAUUAAAGACAUGCUAGAGUAUUCCUUUAAAGUGCUCCCUGUACUAGACUAAAAAUACAUAAAAAAUAAACACCAGUAUUUCACUGCAGUUCAGAACGCUCCUCUGAGACUAAAAGAGGGCGAAGAUUGGGAAAAUUCCUGGUGUGUACGCCUGGCCUGAGGCAAAUGAGAGAGAAAAGGGCUGUUGAUAUCUGCUGAAGAUAUGACUAUUUAUUUUUUGUCACAGCUUUCUCGUGUAGUUUCGAGGAACCGGAUGUGCUUAAAGGCAGUGUGGAUGAAAGAAUUACACUCCAGUAUAAAGAACUGGUGGUUUGUCCCUGUGCUUAGAAACAAAUGUCAGAUGACUAUGUGGUUUUUACUUGAUGUCCGUCUGGUAGAGAACGGAUCACUAAUCAAACGCUCUUGGUCUUCUCCAGUCUCUGUUUGGACAGUCAUUUGAAAAGUGGUCAUGUGCAUAUUCGUAUGGACGUAGCAAGAGGAGAUACUAUAACAUCGACUAAUUAUAACCGGUCAAAGUUAUCUCAAAAACUGGAUGUUUGCUGGCUUUAAGAGCAUAAUUUUGUGAUAGUUUAGAUUGGUAGAUUGCAGACACUAACUGAAUUAAUUGUCCAAACAAGUGAGAUGAUUCUAUUGUAUUAUAUCUGCAUGUGGUCUGUGAUUGUUAGGUAGCUUUCAAUUUUUUUUUAUUUUUCAAAGAAAAGCAGGAAAACUAUGGGGGGAAAAAAAGAACAGGAAAAAAAAUCUUACUUGUGUUUUUUUCUGUUUUUGUCAUUUUUCUUUCAUUAAUGUCUUAAAUGUCAGAUUGUGUUAUAUGAAUGUUUGUGUUUUAAUUUAUUUGUGGUUUGCCAAAAUGAAGAUUUUGAAGCAUGUUGCAGGUAUUGUCACUGAUUAAAGAGAAAAAAAAUGAGAAAAAAACCUUAAAGUGGAAUAUUAUGUACCUGGAUUGAAGGGGGGUCUGCCGUAUAGGGACCGCAGGCUCCGGGCUGUCAGGAAUAAAGGACAUGACGAAGCGUAUUUUCCAGAUUACACAAAGCAACAUCACAGGACACGGUCAGAGCAAAACCAAACAGGAAUGUGCAAUAAAAGUUGUAGGCUUAUUCAACCCUGCAGA